CAUGCACCUCACGCCAUUGCCUUUAAAGCCAACCGCGCCCUUCUAAAAUUUCCCCCCUCCGUCGCGUCCCCCUCAACUCAAGUCCCCUGUCACACACCGCUUCCUCCGGCCGGCCCUCGCCGCGUACGCCCUCUCCGAGCUAGCAGCAUUCCGCCGUCCUCCCCCGACCAUCCAAGAACCACCGGAGCAAGAAGAGACCGGCGGGCCAGCCAAUCGCGAGCGUGUGCGGCGGCGCAGCCUCAGCCAUGGGCCGUUCUUGGCCUUGGACCAUCGGCCUCCUCUUCUUGGCGUCCCUGCUCCUCCUCUCCUCCACCCUGCCACCGCCUCCGCCGCCGGGCCGCGGGAGCACGACGACCGCCGACGAGGCGAUCCUCGCCCGCGUGUGCGACCCGCGCGGCCCUCGCCCGGCCUGGUGCGACGAGCUGCACCUCAGGCGGCGCUUCCUCAGAGGAGUCGCGCGCCACCGCCACGGCCACCACCACCACCAGCACCACCACGUGCCGGUGCCGCAGCCCCCGCCCGGCCGCGACGACGGGGACGAGAUCGACCCGCGCUACGGCGUCUCCAAGCGGCGCGUCCCCACGGGCCCCAACCCGCUGCACAACUGAGGCGGACGACGGCAGCGGCGCUCGGCGUGGUCAGUUCUUGCUUUCUUGGACCGAUCAUCGGCGGCCGGGAUCUCGAGCGAGUCGGGCGUGCACGGGGCUCAAUCGAUCGCCCUCUCUUGUUCCUGCUUUCCGACGGUACACCCCUGGAUUGCCCGAUCGGAAAGGACUUACAAUGGAGGAUCGAUCGAUGGCUGUCGCCCACAUCGACCUCUGCGUGCCAGUAACAUAGAUAGCAUGUGUGCGUAUGUAUAUUUCGCCAUUUUCUUGGUUCUUCAAUGUCAGUUUUGCUACUAGUCUUGUAUACCAUAUUUCGCCAUAUCUUGGCGUUCUUGUAGCUUAAUUUCUCA